CGGAGUUUCACCACGUUGGCCAGGCUGGUUUCGAACUCCUGACCUCAGGUGAUCUGUCUGCCUCGACCUCCCAGCACUUUGGUGAUCACUCAGGCGAUCCGCCUGCCUCGACCUCCCAAGGUACUGGGAUUACAGAUGUAGCCACCGCACCCGGCCUUUCCUCAGCUUUUUUGUUUGCACAUGUGUGUGCGCGCGCGCCAGGACACAAGGUAAAAUGUAUUAAUGUUAGAAAAGUCACUGCACUGAGUAAAGGCAUGGCCACAAAAAUUAGGGACAUCUAUCUAGUAGGCACAGGCGCAGACACGGUGGGGGGCAGUGGGUAGUGGGCAGUGGAGGAGCAGUUCAGAUGCUGAGUUUGUUGUGAGUUUGGCCAGUGGUCUAGUUAAUCACAUUACAUAUAUCCCUUUCUACCUUUUCCCUCUUUCUUGCUUGUUAGUACUUCAGUUCAUGUUACUGGUUAAACAUUUCCUACAAAUGUAAAUGCAUGAUCUCAUUUGACCUGAUAUUAAGUCAGUAUUAAGUUAUUGUCAGGGCCGAGUUUAUCAUACCUUAAAUCUGUCUUUGAAGCAGGAAAGUUAAGAUGUUGCUCUUUAGGAUGGACCUGGGCAUACCCUAGUGUCUGUAUAUUUUGCUAUUUCUGUCUUCUGUGCUGCACCAUCUACGUAAUGAAUCCCAGUAUGAAGCAGAAACAAGAAGAAAUCAAAGAGAAUGUAAAGAAUAGUUCUAUCCAAAGAAGAACUCUGAAGAUGAUUCAGCCUUCUGCAUCUGGAUCUCUUGUUGGAAGAGAAAAUGAGCUGUCCACAGGCUUGUCCAAAAGGAAACAUCGGAAUGACCAGUUAACAUCUACAACUUCCAGCCCUGGGGUUAUUGUCCCAGAAUCUAGUGAAAAUAAAAAUCUUGGAGGAGUCAGCCAGGAGUCAUUUGAUCUUAUGAUUAAAGAAAAUCCAUCCUCUCAAUAUUGGAAAGAAGUGGCAGAAAAACGGAGGAAGGCGCUGUAUGAAGCACUUAAGGAAAAUGAGAAACUUCAUAAAGAAAUCGAACAAAAGGACAAUGAAAUUGCCCGCCUGAAAAAGGAGAAUAAAGAAUUGGCAGAAGUAGCAGAACAUGUACAGUAUAUGGCAGAGCUAAUAGAGAGACUGAAUGGUGAACCUCUGGAUAAAUUUGAAUCACUGGAUAAUCAGGAAUUUGAUUCUCAAGAAGAUACUGUUGAGGAUUCUGUAGGGGAAGACUCAGAAAUUGGCACAUGUGCUGAAGGAAUUGUAUCUUCCUCUACGGAUGCAAAGCCAUGUAUAUGAAAUGCAUUAAUAUUUGACUGUUGAGAAUUUUACUGCCAAAGUUUACCUCCACUAGUUCUUUGUAGCAGAGUACGUAACUACAUAAUGCCAAUUCUGGAAUCAAGCUUCCUUGUUUGAAUCCUGGGACCCUAUUGUAUUAAAGUACAAAUACUAUGUAUUUUUAAACUAUGAUGGUUUAUGUAAAUAGGAUUUUCUCAGUUGUCAGCCAUGACUUAUGUAUAUUACUAAAUAAACUUCAAACUCCUGUUGAACAUUGUGUAUAACUUAGAAUAAUGAAGUAUAAGGAGUAUGUGUAG